UCGACCUCUCCCGGGUUGUUUCUUCGUUUGGAGAGGCCAGGUUGCAAGUGACUACGGUAGCUUGAUUCAAGCACUACAAAUUCAUUUUUUCUCUCAUCGUUGCUGCACUCACCUGCCCAAUAUCAUAUCAACUAUGAUCUAUGAUAACGUUUGAAGAACUGUAUUAUAACGCAUGCUCUCCCUUUUCUCUCCGUUCCGUGUACCUCUUCGGCCGCCUCACUUCCCGCUUCCUAUCAUCUUAUUCUAUACCCUACCCACCCUCUUCUCCAGUUCGCCACGCCAAAGCACUAUGUACCUGCAUUAGACGAUAUGCACAUGGUACGGUGAGCACCAUUAUUUGGCUUCUGGCUUCCUUCCAUGUACAUAAUUCAUUCUACUCCACACCAGAUGUUUCGAUUUACGGUUUCGGGGCGUUUCCGGGCUUGAAUUUCGACCUUUUUCAUUUGGCGUUUGAAGGUCUCUUUUGACUAACAGGUGGGUAUUUACUGAUCAAUUUCUAUAGCCGCACGGCUAUCCCGUCAUUGCAUUUGCGUUAUACGACU